UCUGCAGCGAGAAUAUGGAGGAAGAGGAGCAUGAGGUAUAUGGAGGAGAAAUCCCCGAUGUCGAAGCCGAAAUGGAGGCUCCGAAUCCAGACGUCGUCAUGUCCGCCGCCGAUGAAGAUGCCGUCAAGGAGCUAGAUGAGAUGAAGAAGCGACUGAAGGAGAUGGAGGAAGAGGCCGCGGCACUUCGCGAGAUGCAGGCAAAAGUGGAGAAGGAGAUGGGUGCUGUUCAAGAUCCUGCAAGCAUGGCAGCAAAUCAAGCAAGCAAGGAGGAGGUGGAUUCUCGAUCAGUCUUUGUUGGCAAUGUAAGAAACCAUAUCUAUUCUUUUCCUGCCUUUUUUUUGUCCUUGAACCAUUUAUAUUUUUUGGCGAUGCCAUAGCUUUUCUGUGUAUCUGGACACAACUUGUGUUGAGAUGUCUUAUUCAUAGCUGCUAUUGAUGAUCUGUCAGAAGAGCUAAAAAUAUCAGACCGCUGUUAUUGAUUA